UAGUAUACCAUAGUACUACCAUAGUACUGUAGUACUACUGUAGUACUGUAGUACUACUGUAGUACUGCCGGGCCCUCUCCCACAGCUAUGAGCUGUCCACCGACCUGCAGGACAAGAAGGUACUACCACUACACCAUGAUAGUACUACCAUAGUACUACCAUAGUACUGUAGUACUACUGUAGUACUGUAGUACUACUGUAGUACUGCCGGGCCCUCUCCCACAGCUAUGAGCUGUCCACCGACCUGCAGGACAAGAAGGUGGAGAUGCUGGAGAGGAAGUACGGAGGGUACUUCCUGUCCCGGCGAGCGGCCAGGACCAUCCAGACGGCGUUCCGGCAGUACCGCAUGAAGAAGAACUUCCAGAAGCUCCGGAGCUCCGCCUCCGAGAGCAGGAUGACCCGACGCAUCAUCCUGAACAACAUGAGGAGCCAGUACUCUGUUGAUGAAUGUCAGCCGCAGCUGGAGAUAGGAGACUCCUUCUCUAAACAGUCGGAGGCAGAAGACUCCCAGGACGUGGGGGAGGAGGAGGAAGACGAUGACGAAGACGAGGAGGAGGAGGAGUACAGAGGAUGGACCCAUAGCAGCACCUCCUUGCACCGGGGGGUGGGGCGAGCGAGAGGGGGCAGGAUCAGGGGCGGAGCCAUGCAUGAGGACAGCACGGCCACCUCCUUCAGCGACAUCACCCUCUACAUGGAGGAGGGGGAGGAGGGGGAGGAGGAGGAGGAGGAGGAGGAGGAGGGAGUCGCCGCCUCCAGCUGUGACACCGAGUACUGGAGCGGGGGGGAGGGGGCAGCAGAGAGGAGCGGGGAGUACAAGGGGAGGAGGGCCUCGGUGAGAGGAGGGGGAGCAGCAGCAGAAGGAGGAGGAGGGAGGGGCCACCUCCCGGUCCUGACCAUAGAGCCGCCCAGUGACAGCUCCAUGGACAUGAGUGACAGGUCGGAGCGAGGCUCCAUCGGCCGCGCCGUGUACGAGACGGAGGCGUCGUCGGGCGAGCGAGGGGGAGAGGGAGAGCAGGGGGGAGUGGGGGAGAGCGGAGAGGAGGAGGAGGAGGACGAGGAAGAGGAGGAGGACGAGGAGGAGGAGGACGAGGAGGACGAGGAGGAGACGGGGGGGGAGGGCGGGGGGGAGUGCAGCAGCGAGGGCGACAGCCUGCAGGGCACCAUCAAACACAAGCCCAGCGCCCGCUCCGUCGCCAUGGCGCAGGGACAGACGCGCAGCCCCGCCCCCGCCGCCUCCCCCUCCGUCCCCAUGGUGAUGCCAUCCGCCCGGCCCCUCCCCUCCCACCCUCCCCACCCCCCCCACCUGCCCACCGUCCUCCACCAGCACCCCGCACACCACCCGAACCCCCACCCUCACCCCCACCCGUCCCCCUAUGCCCACCAGCACCCGGGCCACCACCCCCACCCCUCCCACCCCUCCCCCUACCCCCCCCACCUGCACCACUACAGCCAGCACCCCUACCACCAGCACUUCCUGCACCACCACCCCCACCCCCUCCACGGCUACCCCGAGCCCCCGCUGUCCCCGCUGCCCUCCCCCGUCCCCCCGCUCUGCUCGGCCCCGCCCCCUCUGCUGGACCACGCCCCCCAGCCCCGCCCGCCGCUGCUCUGCUCCGACGGGGACAACGACAGCGUCUCCACGACGACCACCUCCAACGAGGACACCACGCUCAACAACUGCAGCUCGGGCUCGUCGUCCCGGGACAGCCUGCGGGAGCCCGCCCCCCCCUGCGGCGGCCUCAGCCGGCAGACCUAUCAGAGGGAGAGCCGCCACAGCUGGGACACGCCCACCUUCAACAACGACCUGGUGCAGCGGCGGCAGUACCGCAUCGGACUCAACCUCUUCAACAAGAAGCCGGAGAAGGGCAUCCAGUUCCUGAUCGAGCGUGGCUUCGUGUCGGACUCCCCGCUGGGCGUGGCACGCUUCACCCUGGAGAGGAAGGGGCUCAGCCGGCAGAUGAUCGGGGAGUUCCUGGGGAACCGGCAGCAGUUCAACAAGGACGUGCUGCACUGUGUGCUGGAUGAGAUGGACUUCUCUGGGAUGGACCUGGACGAGGCCCUGCGGCGGUUUCAGGGGCAGAUCAUGGUGCAGGGCGAGGCCCAGAGGGUGGAGCGCCUCAUCGAGGCCUUCAGCCAGCGGUACUGUGUGUGUAACCCGGUCCUGAUCAGACAGUUCCAGAACCCAGACACCAUCUUCAUCCUGGCGUUCGCCAUCAUCCUGCUGAACACCGACAUGUACAGCCCCAACGUCAAGCCCGAGAGGAAGAUGAAGAUCGACGACUUCAUCAAGAACCUCCGAGGCGUGGACAACGGGCAGGACAUCCCCCGGGACCUCCUGCUGGGGAUCUACGGACGCAUCCAGAAGUGGGAGCUGAGGACCAGCGACGACCACGUCAGCCAGGUGCAGGCGGUGGAGCGCAUGGUGGUGGGCAAGAAGCCGGUCCUCUCCCUCCCCCACCGUAGGCUGGUGUGCUGCUGCCAGCUGUUCGAGGUCCCGGACCCCAACAGAGCCCAGCGGAGCGGGGUCCACCAGAGAGAGGUGUUCCUGUUCAACGACCUGCUGAUGGUGACGAAGAUCUUCCAGAAGAAGAAGUCCUCCGUGACCUACAGCUUCAGGCAGUCCUUCAGCCUGGUGGACAUGCUGGUCCAGACCUUCCAGAGCACCUACUACCCCCAUGGCAUCAGGCUGUCAGCAGCUAACCCUGGGGGGGAGAGGAAGGUGCUGAUGGUGUUCACCGCCCCCAGCCAGCAGGACCGCCUCCGCUUCACCUCCGACCUCCGGGAGAGCAUCGCCGAGGUCCAGGAGAUGGACAAGUCCCGCCUGGAGGCGGAGCUAGAGAAACAGAAGGGCGGGGGCCGACCCGGGCCCCUAGGAGGGGGCGGGUCCACAACCGGGGGCGCGGCCUCCCCUGGGGGCGGGGCCAGUCCGGCAGGGGGGACAAAGGGCGAGGGGGUGAACGGCAUUCUGGGUAGGGUCAGUCUGGACGACACGUACGCCUCAGUGGACGGACUGAAGCGCACAGCGCUAAGCUCCUCCCUCAGAGAUCUGUCAGACACAGGGAAGCGGGGCCGGAGGAAUAGCGUGGGUUCCUUGGACAGUACCUUUGAGGGUUCGGUCAUCAGUACUCCUCGCUGCCACCAGCCACUGCAGCGCCCCCCCGUGGGUGGGGGCCUGUCCCACACCCCAACGAUGGAGCCCCCCUCUCCCUCCCCCUACCGGCCGCCCCCCAGCCCCGGAGGGGGAGGGGCCCCAGGCCUUGGCCACGCCCAAGGGGGGCACGGCCACGCCCAGGGGGGGCUAGGCCACGCCCAGGUGGGGCUCAGCCACUCCCAGGGGGGGCUCGGCCACGCCCAGGGGGGGCUAGGCCACGCCCAGGUGGGGCUCAGCCACUCCCAGGGGGGGCUCAGCCACUCCCAGCCGGGGCUCGGCCACGCCCAUGGGGGACUAGGCCACGCCCAGGUGGGGCUCAGCCACUCCCAGGGGGGACUAGGCCACGCCCAGCCGGGGCUGGGCCACGCCCAAGGUCAGCCGACUGGAGGAGGAGGCGGUUUCCUAGGCAACCUGUUCGGUAGCCGCCGGGGCAAGGUCCCGGGUCCCCUGGUGAUGAUGUCAGCGCCGCCCCAGCAGGGGGGCCCCGUCAGCCCUCUGAUGAUCGCAUCGCCUCCCCACUACCCCGCCCCUGCCCCGCCCCUCCCCACCGCCCUCUCCCCCUGCCCCUCCCCCUCCCCCCACAUGGGGGAGGGAGGGGCGGGAGGGGGGCCUUCCAAGCUACAGGCGCUUCACGCCCAGUAUUGCCAUGGCAACAGCGGAGGAGGAGGAGGAGGAGGAGGAGGGGGGGUCGCCGGGCAGCAGCAGCAGACUCCGCCCCCUCCGUAUCACCACCACCACCGCUAUCACCUGCAGGACGCGGCCCCGCCCCCCCGGCGGCCCCCUCCCCACCCCCACCCACACCACAGGGGGCGCUACGGCUUCACCACGCCCCCUCCCCUCUCCCCCCACUCCCCCAUGGCCCCGCCCACCCCUCACGGACUCUUCCACUCCCACACCGGGGGGCGGCCCGGGGGCGGGGCCAAGCUCCCCCUCACCGUCUCCCACUCACAGCCACACCCCCACGCGCACAUGCACGCCCACAGCCAGGCCGGCCACGGCCACGCCCACUCCCCCCUCAGCCCCUCCCCCUCGUCCGGCCCCCACUUCCUGUUCUCCACGCCGCCGCCGCAGACGCCGUCUGCGCGCCUGAUCACGCACACGCCGUACCCCCCCCUGCUCUCCGCCAUACCUCCCCCUCCCCCACACUCACCCCUUCCUCCCCCUGCCACGCCCCUCUCCCCCCACCCCCCCACAGCACCGGGGGGAGGAGCCAAGUCUAAGCCCAUCAGCCGCAUCAGCACAGUGGUGUGAGGGGUUGGAGGAGGAGGAGGAGGAGGAGGAGG